GUUGGCCUUGAGCUGGAAAGAGUGUCGGUAGUGACCUUCUCCGACUUCAUUGUCUGCCUUCGAGGCAACUCGAUCACCGAGGAGGAACUCCAGGGCAUCUUGCAGGAAGUUCCCACCGAUAGCGACGGCCUACUGAGCUGCCGGAAGCUCCUCCGGUGCCUUCAGCGGGCAAGCGAUCGCGGGCAGCCCGGCGGGGGCCUGCUGGGCCGGGCCUUCCCAUGCUGCUCUUCGGGUCGCCCCGGCGAGCCUCAA